AUGAUCAUUCAUCAUCGUAUCUCCGUCGGUCGGUACCCGUUUUCUUCUUCCCAGGACCCCAAGCGGAAGGUGGGGAGCAAGCGAGCUCGGCAGGAGGAGCAGGCGGAGGAGCAGGAGCAGAAGCAGCAGGAAGAGAAGCAGCAGGGAGAGCAGGAGCAGGAGGAGCAGGCGGAGGAGCAGCAGAUGUCUGUUGAGGGAGAUCAAGUUCAGGCGGAGGAUGGAGCAAACAAAGAAGCUGCUGCGGAGGGCAACGGAGCAGAGGGAGAGGGAGGAGAACCGAAGGAGAGUUCAGGCGCAGCAGAAGGGGAGGGAGGCGGAGGGGAAGGAGGGGGAGGGGGUGCUGAAGACAAGAAGGAGGUGAAGGAACAGGGAAAGGGCGGAUCGGCUGUUGGCGGAGGAGAGCAGUACGAGCUGAGCAUAUAUGAGCGCGUGAAUUACAUCGUCUUCAUCAUCCACUGCUUCCAGUCGCUGGAGAACCCACUGGUGCGGGCGUGUGUGCUGCCGCUGGUCUCUCUCCCCCUGUGGCAUGCGCUCUCACCAGCCCGCAGGGAGCGCGAGCUGCACCCCCACGCGCACCUGCUCGCCCUCUGGUCGCGCCUGCUCAAACGGGACGCCAAGAACCGCCACGCCAGGCUGGCUGCUGUGGCGGAGGGUGGGGAGAAGCGGGCCGAGGCGGAGGCGGCUGAGCGGAAGGAGAGGCGCGGGGUUCGAUUCCUGCCUGGGUUGAUUCUGGAGUUCUUUUCUGUGUUGGACGAGGUGGUGGAGAAGGGCCCGGACUACGAAGACGACCAGAGCGAGUCCGCAGGGGUGCUGCUAGAGAGGGCAGUGGACCACCCGCGGCUUCUCUUUUGCGAGCGCUUCCUGGAGCUGCUCAUAGACCUGCUCAGCCAGCUGCCCACACGCAGGUUCUUUCGUCCUGUAGUGGAUGACAUGGCCGUCGCCGCCCGGUGCCGCCUGAGCCGGCUGUACCGGCACCAGCGUGGCCGUCUUUUUGUGCAGCUGGUGGAUCUGCUGCGAUUCUACGCUAGAUUCCAAAUGGACGACCACGCCGGGCGGCAACUGGAUGAGGAGGAGGUGGACAGGGAGCACUGCGCUCGUGUGUCGGCCCUUCAGCUGUUCCUCUUUAACAAAGUGCCAGAGGACGAGGAGGAGGUGGAUAGGGAGCACUACGCUUGGGUGUCGGCCCUUCAGUUGUUCCUCUUCAACAGAGUGCCAGAGCUACGUGACGUCGCCCUGACCAACGUGGGAAGUGUGGAGCAUGCUGACGACCUACGUGACGUCGCCCUGACCAACGUGGGAAGUGUGGAGCAUGCUGACGGAGUGCGCAAGUGGAUGGGGCGACUCACAGACGAGCAGCUGGCGGAGCUGGUGCUCAACAAGCUGAAGCUGCUGUCUCAAGCGGGCCUGCCGUACCGGCCGCCACGCCACCUCCUCUCCUCCACUCGCCGCCCCAAAGCUCCCACACGAAUGGUGGUGGAAGAGGGUUCAGAGGAGCAGCAGCAGGAGCAGCAGGAGGAGGAGGAGGAGGCAGAGCAGCAGUACUGGGAGCAGCAGCGGGCGGUGCUCUUCCACCGUCUCCGCCCGUUCCUAGAGGAAGUAGUCGUCUCCUUCUUCGAGAAGAAGCGCUCCCAGCGAGCAGCACUCAACGCACUGCCUCUCUACCCCAACGAGGACGUCAUGUGGGACGAGAGCCUCAUCCCCAGCGUGAACUACACCGGAGAAGGCUGCUUGGCACUGCCGAAACUUAAUUUGCAGUUCCUCACGUUGCACGAUUACCUGCUGCGGAAUUUCAACCUGUUUCGGCUCGAGUCGACGUACGAGAUUCGGGAGGAGGUGCACGAUGUGCUAAAGCGGAUGGGGGCGAAGGGGAGCAUGUACAGCAGCGUGGACCGGGAUACGGAGUUCACCGGGUGGGCCCGAAUGGCCAUUCAGAUCUCGUCGUUCCGGAUUGUAGAAGUUAAGGCGCCGCUGCUAGGCGAGGUGCAGCCGGCGGCGGUUCUAGCGGAAGUGGAGUACUCUAUAGGGGGGUAUAAGGCGGCGAUGCGGAGCGAGUGGGAGGAGAUUAAAGAGCAUGACGUGCUGUUCCUGCUUGGGAUACACCCGGAUGAGAUUGCGUUGCAAGCUGCGGCCGAUGCUGCUGCGGCACAGGCGGUGGCGCAGGCGAAGCGAGAGGCGGGAGAGGAUGGGGCGGAGGAGGAGGAAGCAGCGGCGGAUGCUGCUGCGGUGGUCUCGUCGCUGUCCGUCCCGCAGAGAUACGGGUUAAGAUAUGUGCGGGGGUGCGAGGUGAUCGAGUUGCGCGAUGAGGACAACAAGCUGAUGAAUGACUUCUCUGGAAGGGUGAAGCGGGAGGAGUGGAAACCACCCAAAGGGAACAAGCGCACAGCUCUCGUCGCCCUCGAUCCCGCCCAGUUCCAGCUGGAUUUAGAGGCCAAUGGAGGGACGCUGAGAGGAGCGCAGGAGGAGGUUUACUCGGCUUUAAACGUGGUGAUGCGGAGGAAGCCAAAGGAGAAUAACUUCAAGCCGAUUCUGGAGUCGAUCCGGGAUCUGAUGAACGAGGAGGCGUCGGUGCCAGGCUGGCUGCAUGACUUGUUUUUGGGGUACGAUGAUCCGGCAGCCGCCAGCUGGCGGCGCAUGCCUGCUGAGCUGGCGCCGUGGCGCGUGGAGGUGGUGGAUUUCAGAGACACGUUUGUGGAUGCGGAGCAUUUGAAGGAGUGCUUCCCGGGCUUUAAGGUGCGGUUUGUGGAUGCGGAUGGGUUUGAGAACCCUGACCCUCAGCCUCCGUUCCGCGUGACUAUACCCAUGCCGAAGGCGCAGGAGGAGGGGCGUGGGGUGGCAAUGGGGGGGAAGAAGAAGGGGCAGGAGAAAGAGGGGAAGGGGAAGGGGAAGGGGAAGAAGGGGGCGAAGGGGAAGAAGAAGGGGAAGGGGAAGGGAGGGGAGGAGGAGAAGGGUGGGGAGAAGGAGAAGCAGGAGGGGGAGCAGAUGGAGGUGGAUGGGGAAAAGGUCAAGGAAGGAGAUGGUGGAGACGAGGCACCACAGCAGGGAGAGCAGGGAGACAAGGGGGAGCAGGGAGGGCAGGAGGAGGGUGAGGGGGUGGUGAUUGCGGAGUCGGUGCCUCUGCCUGACCCCGGGCCGUACCCCCCUGGGAAGCAGAGGAAGAACCACGUGCGCUUCACACCCACCCAGGUGGACGCCAUCAUCAGCGGGGUGCAGCCGGGGUUGACCAUGAUAGUGGGGCCGCCUGGAACCGGCAAGACUGACACGGCUGUGCAGAUCCUGCAGGUGCUGUACCACAACUGCCCUGAACAGCGCACGCUUGUCAUCACUCACUCCAACCAGGCCCUCAACGACCUCUUUGAGAAGAUCAUGCAGCGGGAUGUGCGGGCGCACUACAUGUUGUGCCUGGGCAUGGGCGCGGAGCUGAGCUCACCCUCCCUCCUCAUCACCCCACUUGUUCCCCAUCCCCCUCUUCACCCCCUUCUCAUCUCAUCUCGGGAUGUGCCGGCACGUUACAUGCUGCGACUGGGCAUGGGAGAGCAGGAGCUGGACACGGAGCAGAAGUUCAGCCGCAUGGGGCGCGUCAACGACAUGCUUGCUAGGAGGCUCGAGCUGCUGGCUGAGGUGGAGCGACUGGCAGUGACACUUGGGCGGCCAUCUGACGUGGCGUACACGUGUGAGAGUGCGGCCUACUUCUGGCUGCUGCACGUGCUCGCCAGGUGGGAGGCAUUUAUGACGGGCGCGUCGUACGCACAGGACAUGCGCAUGGCAGAGAGCUGCUUCGAGUUCCUCAAGGGCAUGUUCCAGGAGCUGGAAGAGUGCCGGGCAUUCGAGCUGUUUAAGACCACAGCGGACCGCUCCAACUACCUGAUGGCCCGCCAAGCCAAGGUGGUGGCCAUGACGUGCACGCACGCGGCGCUCAAGCGACGGGACUUCCUGAACCUCGGGUUCCACUUUGACAACCUGCUCAUGGAGGAGUCAGCUCAGAUCCUCGAGAUCGAAACCUUCAUCCCCAUGCUGCUGCAGCGCCCCGACGGCCCCUCCUGCACCGUCGCUGGCACUGGCACUGGCACUGCUGCUGCGUCUGCUGCUGGUGCUGCGGCUGCUGGUGGUUCGUCUGGUGCUGGUGGCGGCAACGGUGCCUUGUCCUACUCUCGCCUCAAGCGCUGCAUCUUGAUCGGAGACCACAACCAGCUGCCCCCCGUCGUAAAAAACAUGGCCUUUCAGAAAUACUCGCGCAUGGACCAGAGCCUUUUCACCCGCUUCGUCCGCCUGGGCGUCCCUUACAUAGAACUCAACGCCCAGGGCCGCGCCCGGCCCUCCAUUGCCCAGCUUUACAACUGGCGAUACCGCGACCUGGGGGAUUUACCCGUGGUGAAGACCGGGGAGGAGUAUGUGCGCGCUAACGGGGGGUUUGCGUGGGAGUAUCAGCUGGUGGAUGUGGGGGAUUGGAUGGGGAGAGGGGAGAGUGAGCCGAACCCGUGGUUCUACCAGAAUUUGGGCGAGGCGGAGUAUGUGGUGAGCGUGUUUCAGUACAUGCGGCUGUUGGGGUAUCCCGCUGAGAAGAUAUCAAUUCUGACGACAUACAACGGGCAGAAGCAUUUGAUUCGAGAUGUCAUUGAGCGGCGAUGUGCCGGGAACCCACGUUUCGGCCGUCCCAGCAAGGUGACCACGGUCGAUCGCUUCCAGGGCCAGCAGAACGACUACAUUCUGCUCUCCCUCGUGCGCACGCGCACCGUGGGCCACCUGCGUGACGUGCGGCGCCUUGUGGUGGCCAUGUCCCGCGCCCGCCUCGGCCUCUACUGCUUCUGCCGCCGCGCGCUCUUCGAGCAGUGCUACGAGCUCCAGCCCACCUUCCAGCUGCUGCUGCAGCGCCCGGAUAGGUUGGGUUUGGUGUUGGAGGAAGGGAGUGCGAGGACGGGGAGGGCGGCAGGGGAGGGGAGUGAGGGGGCGUAUUUGGUGCCGGGGAUUGAGGAGAUGGCCAGGAUGGUGGAGUGGCGGCUGCAGAACGUGACUGAGCAGGUGAGGCGGAGGGGGAUGGGCUGUGAAUGA